CCUGUCCCUCUUCCCAGAAGUAGGACACAAAAAGAAGUUCCUCAGCCUCAUAAAAAAGAAGCAGAAGAUGAAUCUCAUCAGCAGAUUGUACCAGUAUCCAGCAGCAGCAGCAGCUGCAAUAGUAGUAGUCUGGUGUGUCCCAUGGAUCAACUCAAAUAUAGCAGCAUAGCAGCAGAUGAUGGCAGUGGCGACAAUGAUUGUGUCCUACCUCAGAAAGUUGAGAGAAAGAAGAAGAGAAAGAAAAAUAAUGUUCUCAGUCAAGCUGAGAAACAGAUGGAAAUAGAACUUAGAAAUAUAAAAACAGCAUCAGAUAUAGAAGUUGAUGGAAAAGAAGUUUCUUCUACUAGGAAAUCAUCAUUCCAUAAAUCAAAACAAAAAAGUAGAGAAGUAAAAGUAGAAACUGCCCUGGUGACAAAGGAAUCACAACCAGCACAGUUAUGUUAUGAUAAAAUAAUUGGAAUUUUUAUUCAUCGAAGUGAAUGUUUGCAAGUAGAUCCUCUCAUACGACACCCGCUCGUGAAAGUUCAUCUUCUUAAUGCAGCAACUGGCAGUUACUUGAAAAAAAGCAACUUUGGUCGCUCAGUGUCUUUCUACGACGAAAACCAGGAGGUGGAUUACAUUCUGCCACUCAUGACAGAGAUGUUUGAUUACAAGGAGAGGAGAUCCAUUGUGCCAUUUUGGGAAGAGUUGCUUGUAUUCAAUGAGGAUUUUGAGUAUAUUUUGCGGGAUGAUUCACCAGUGCUAAUCCUGUUUGAGGUCCUGGACUUUGUAAAUUUUACAGUUGCAAGUUCUAAUUAUCGGAAGUUAGGUUCCGAAGGAGGCUGGCAUCACAUUGCCUGGGCAUUCUUGAAGCCUGUUGGGGCAAACAGUGCCCUAAACACAGAGAAGCAACUGAGACUGCAGUUAUACAAACCACAGAGAAUGCAUAAAUCAAGAUGUAACAGUUGUGAUGUAUAUGAAUGGUGGAGUGGUGGUAUGUGGAAGCACUAUCCUGCAACUUUGUAUGUGACUCUGAAGGGGAUCACACCACCAGAUCAUUUGCCUCCAGCGCUGCGUUCUCGGAGUGCUCUGCAAGCGGAGCUUAGUCAAUCACCUCCGUUUUCAGAACUGCAACAGAAACAGAGUGAUGGAGAUGUGAAGUCUAACAAUGAGAACUCCAUGGUGUCAGCUCAGCUGCUGCCAUCUGCAAGUACAUCCUUUCCUGUAUGGUCUCGCUUACCAUCGCAGUCGUGCAAAAUACCAAACUGUCGUAAACUGACCCUGCCAACAGCCUCAAGAGGAUGUUUCUUUGUGAAGUUCAGCAACUCUGGUCUUCACCUUGCUUGCAGCAUAUCAACUGACAAUAAAUACAUCAUCACUGUAUAUUCUGUUCCAGAUGGGAAGGAGUUUGCCCAGUUUGUGGGUCACCAGGGGCUUGUUUAUGAUUUGCAGUGGUCCCCUAAAGACACAAUGCUACUAUCUGCUUCAGCAGACUGUACUGCCUGCCUCUGGGAUUCUGCUGCAUGGAAGUCAACCCCAAUGCAAAUGCUACCUCACCCAUCAUUUGUAUAUUGUGCUCAGUUCCAUCCUGGUAAUAGCUCUGUUCUGGUCACUGGCUGCAGUGACCAUGUGGUACGUGUAUGGAAGCGUCCCUACAAAUCAUUGCAGUUUGAGCUUGUCCAGGAAUUGGAAGGUCACACAGGUUUUGUCAGUGCUGUAUCCGUGAGUUGCAACAAUGUGCUGUAUUCAGGUGAUAGUGUGGGGAGAAUCCUUGAGUGGACAGGAUCAAAAUUAAAAUCAAAGGAACGUGGUUCCCAGUGGAAACUCAAAAGGAACAUUGACAUUCGAGAACUGAGAGACACUAUUGUGAACAGACUUCAGAUUCAUCCUGGUGGUCAGCGACUACUCAUACAUGCACGGGACAGUCAACUGCGGAUGCUGGACAUUGCUACUGCAAGUGUGAUUCAGUGGUUUAAUGGUGCCCUGAAUCAUAGGCUUCAGACUUCAGCCUGCCUUUCACCAUGUGGAGGAUUGGUGUUUGCAGGCAGUGAAGAUGGUACAAUACAUGUGUGGAAUGCUGAUACUGGGGAACAGCUUGCCAUAUACUCUGAAUUACAGUUCCAACGGCCAGCAAGUGGCGUGGAUUACCAUCCAUUUGAACACAUGGUGGCAUUUGCUUCAUAUGGCAACAGUGCUCAUAUUGUGGUUUGUGAACAUGGUAAACUAGAUUCUGGUAAAGACAUAGGACUUCAAAUGCUGGUCCAGCAAGAUGUGGCAUUACACUCAACAACAGGAGACUUCACUGACUCUUGCCUGAUGAGUUCAACCCCAUUUCACUCCAGGCUUUCGUCAUUAAAGGAUGAGAAGAAAUUGGUGCCUGUGAAUGAUAGUGAGCUGGGGAUUUUUCAGGGUUUACCUCUUGCUGCAGACACAAAUGGGUUCAGUUUAUCACCAAACAGCACAAAUGUUCCUUCACCAUGGAAGGAGAAUGGUAGUGAGACUAGCAAAGAGAGACUGGCAAGUAUCAUAGAAAAGAUGGACCAGGUUUUAUCAAGAACACCUAAGAGAAGUCAGAAAAGUUGACCCAAAGUUUAGUGGCAUAAGCCCAAGUAAGACAGAGAAUUUAGGCCACUUCUCACAUACAAAAAAGAAGGAAGAACCAGAAAUAAAGAAGUAUUCUUUGCAGUGCUUUUUAAUUUGCCUUGUGCAUUUAUGCAAAUAUUAGUGUGCAAACUGAAAGCUGCCUGCUCAUCAAAUUCAGUAAUUCUCAAAUGUUGCCAACAGCCAUUUUCAUGAUUGACAAAAGAGUUUGCAUAUAUUAAAUAAAUUUGUGCCUACAUUGUUUUAACGUAUCCAGCAAUUGACACUCCUGUUUUAGAACAUAGACCAAGUGGUCUAGUUGCUGGACUUUAGUGCCAAUAUCUUGUGUUCAAGACUGGCUAUGUGCAGUAUAGAUAUUUCUGCAUGCUUUUUGCUUCCCUCACCUUUGAUGAAGAUACAACUGAGAAUGUGAGAAAUACUAUGCCCCCAACAGUUGAAUGGGUUGAGGGAUAGGGGACUUGUGGUCAGAAUCUCUUGAAGGCAAAAUAUGCCAAAUAUCAAGCUGUAAAGGUUGAGUUGCAUAUACUACAAAAACAUAUGCUAAACUCUAUGCCAACAGCUGUAUUAAACAAACAUAUCUUUGAUAGUGUUUAUAUUAUACUCUCUCAGCAUUGUUGACUUAUGUCUUUUUCACUGUUUUCAGUGACUUUAACUUGUGUUCAGGUCUAAGAUGGUGAUCUCUGAACUGUAGUGGCUCUGUAUUCUAUCUGUUAAGAUUAGGCAUCCACACAUCAGCUGCCAACUAACUAACUAACUAGAUGGCUUACGGAACCCGAAGGUUCAUCACCAAAUUAACCAAAGCCCUCCACUGGACCCUGUCUUGGGCCAACAAAAUCAAGUCUCCUUCAACUCCUAUCUCCCAUAGAUCCCGCCUGAGAUUAUCCUCCCAUCUACGUCUAGGUCUCUCCAGCUGUACAUCAGCUGCCACAAAAACAAAAUUGAUAGAAUGGCUAAAAAAUGUAGCAUCAAAGUGACUGAUUUUUUUUUUAAAAAAUCAGAACUUUUUCAACUUGUAAUAGAAGUAAUAAUAAAAUUUGUUGCUGAUAUUGAACCUAGUCCAUUGCACUGCAUGUUUACAGGAUAAACUUCUACAUGAAAUGUUCCUGAUGUGAUGUGUAGUACACUAGUGUGUGGCAAGUACAUUAUGAAUACCGUAAUUUUGCCAUCAGAAUCAUACAUUGUUCAGAAAAUAUGUUAUUUUUAAAUGUGUGUUUCAAAGUAAUAGGAUGUGUGAAAUGCAAAUUUUGUUAACUGAUUUGAUAUUGUAUUAAAGUAACAAUGAAAUUCUUUCCCAAGACAGUAAGGUCUCAAAAUAAAUUAAGUACAUUGUAAAUUAAAUCAACACAAAAUGAAAUUAGUGAUUAUAACAUCUGACAACAAAACUGAAAUGAGAUAAAGUAUGAAAUGAAGGGAAGAAUACAUUCAGGCAAUG